CUCCCAGCAGCUGUGCAGCCUCGCUCUCUCUCUCCAUCACCAGACAUCGUGAGUCUCCGGAGCCGUACACACACACAGACACACACUCCGCUCCUCCGGCCCGACGCUAACCCUAACCCUAGCCCGCAGGAGCUUCGUGUCCUCGGACCAACAUGUGGGACCGAGUCGCUGUGCUGCUGCUGACCGUGGCGGCCACGGCCCUGGCUGCCGAGGUGCCUACAGAUGUUUCCAUGGGUCUGUUGGCAGAGCCCCAGGUGGCCAUGUUUUGCGGUAAACUCAACAUGCACAUCAACGUGCAGAGUGGCAAGUGGGAGCCGGACCCCUCAGGCACCAAGAGCUGCAUCGGAACCAAGGAGGGCAUCCUGCAGUACUGCCAGGAGGUGUACCCAGAGCUCCAGAUCACCAAUGUGGUGGAGGCCAACCAGCCAAUCAGCAUCCAGAACUGGUGCAAGAAGGGACGCAAGCAGUGUCGCAGCCACAUGCACAUCGUCGUGCCCUACCGAUGCCUGGUGGGAGAAUUCGUGAGCGACGCCCUGCUCGUCCCGGACAAGUGCAAGUUCCUGCACCAGGAGCGCAUGGACCAGUGCGAGAGCCACCUGCACUGGCACACUGUCGCCAAGGAGUCCUGUGGAGACCGCACCAUGAAUCUCCAUGACUACGGGAUGCUGUUGCCCUGUGGCAUCGACCGUUUCCGAGGAGUAGAGUUCGUGUGCUGUCCCGCUGAGGCGGAGCGGGAGGCUGAUAGCGCCGAGCAGGACGCUGAUGAUUCUGAUGUCUGGUGGGGCGGUGCGGAGACCGACUACUCUGACAACAGUAUGGUGCGGGAGCCAGAGCCAGUGGAGCAGCAAGAGGAAGCCAGGCCAUCUGUGGCGGUAGAGGAGGACAAGGAAGAGGAGGUGACUGAGGAAGACGAGGAGGAAGAGGAGGAGGAGGACCUUCUGGACAAUGACCAGGACGGAGACGGGGAGGAGGAUGAGGAGGCCGUGGAGGAGGAGGAGGACGAAGAGGAGGACGGCGACGACGGCUUCAUCGACGCGCUCGACGACAACGAAGAUGCCGACGAGCCCACCACCAACGUUGCCAUGACAACCACCACCACCACCACCACCGAGUCUGUGGAGGAAGUUGUCCGGGAUGUGUGCUGGGCCAACGCAGAGACCGGGCCAUGCCGGGCCAUGCUGCCACGCUGGUACUUUGACCGACAGGACGGCCGCUGUGCUCAGUUUAUCUACGGCGGCUGCGGAGGCAACAGGAAUAACUUUGACUCAGAGGAGUACUGCCUGUCUGUCUGCAGCAGCGUCAUACCGACCGCCACGCCCAGCUCCCCCGACGCCGUGGACCACUACCUGGAGACACCCACAGACGAAAAUGAACACGCCCACUUCCAGAAGGCCAAGGAGAGCCUGGAGGCCAAGCACCGCGAGAGAAUGUCCCAGGUGAUGAGAGAGUGGGAAGAGGCCGAGAGGGAGGCCAAGAAUCUCCCACGUGCCGACAAGAAGGCCGUCAUCCAGCGUUUCCAGGAGAAGGUGGAGGGCCUGGAGCAGGAGGCGGCCAGCGAGCGCCAGCAGCUGGUGGAGACCCACAUGGCCCGGGUGGAGGCUCUGCUCAACGACCGCCGCCGCCUGGCUCUGGAGAGCUACCUGACCGCCCUGCAGCAGGACCCACCCAGGCCUCGUCACGUCUUCAGCCUGUUGAAGAAGUACGUGCGUGCCGAGCAGAAGGACCGGCAGCACACCCUCAAACACUUUGAACACGUCCGCAUGGUGGAUCCCAAGAAGGCAGCGCAGAUAAGGCCCCAGGUGCUGACCCACCUGCGUGUCAUCGAGGAGCGUAUGAACCAGUCUCUGGGACUUCUCUACAAGGUGCCCGGCGUGGCCGACGACAUCCAGGACCAAGUCGAGCUCCUGCAGAGGGAGCAGGCGGAGAUGGCCCAGCAGCUGGCCAACCUGCAGACCGACGUGAGGGUGAGCUACGGCAACGACGCCCUGAUGCCCGACCAGGAGCUGGGAGACGGCCAGACGGACUUCCUGCCCCAGGAAGACACUCUGGGCCUGGGAGGCGUCGGCUUCGUUCACCCUGAGAGCUUCAACCAGCCCAACACCGAGAACCAUGUCGAGCCAGUGGACUCUCGUCCUAAUCUUGAAAGAGGCGUCCCCACACGACCAGUGACUGGAAUGAAGAUGGACGCGUUCCCUGAGCUGCGGAUGGAGACGGAGGACAGACAGAGCACUGAAUAUGAAGUUCACCACCAGAAACUGGUCUUCUUCGCAGAGGACGUUGGCUCCAACAAGGGCGCCAUCAUCGGCCUGAUGGUCGGCGGCGUCGUCAUAGCGACCGUGAUCGUCAUCACCCUGGUGAUGCUGAGGAAGAAGCAGUACACCUCCAUCCACCACGGAGUCAUCGAGGUGGACGCGGCCGUCACCCCCGAGGAGCGCCACCUGUCCAAGAUGCAGCAGAACGGCUACGAGAACCCCACCUACAAGUUCUUCGAGCAGAUGCAGAAUUGAGGAGAACACACACGCGCGCACACAUAAACACACACACAUGCAUCUCCCCCCCUCAUCACGCACCCCCUCUCUCCCCCGUCCUCCCCCCCUCCCAACUCGUCCCGACGUGGCUUAGAUCAUAGAGUGACUGAAAUAGUCCGUUAGGAGCGGCUGCAGCCGGGGGUUUGUGUCUCUGCCUGGGCGGAGCCAGUUUGCACCACGUUUGUUCACUUUACCGGAGCAAGUCGCCUUUUAAUUAAAGAAAAAGUGGGUCGGGCGGGGACGAGGGGGGGGGGUUUAUAUGUCUGCUCCGUCUGGGCCUGCUGAUGUAUAGAAGAGAGGCCCCCCCCGCCCAGUGCAUCGAAACAAACCCACCCACAGGGGAAGGAAGCGGCUUCUCUCCACACUGAUUCAGGGCCAGUGUAUAGUUGGGGUUUAUUUUAUAUUUCUUAUUUUGUUUCUGGCUUGGGAAAAGUUUUCGGUGUUGACUUGUGUAGAAAUCUGACCUCUGAUCAGUCGGACACGAGGUGCACGCUGACCUGGGCCUCGUCUGCAGGAGACUCCCCUCCAAUCCUUCCACAUUGGUUUGUUCCUAUCGUGAUUUGUAAUGUAAUAAUUAUAUAAAGAAAUAUCAAUUUGAACCAAGCAACGUGAUUUCUGUGGACGAGGCCCCGUGGUUCCCCUCAAACUGCACCACUACUGCACUCACUCUACAGUCUGCACUGGAGUAUAAGUGAACCUCCUCUCCCUCCCCUCCUCCUUCAUCCCUCCCUCAUCCCUCCCUCCAUCCUCUUUUUUUUCUUUCUGUGCAUUCUUACGACAGCUGGGCUGUGUUAAGCCACACAAGGCUCUUAAAGGAUAUUCGGGGAUGCUGAUGUUACUAUGUUUUCUGAAUGAGCUGUUUUUAAUUUUGGGGUUUUCUCUCUCUCUUUAUCGUUUCCGGUUUUUGUUUUUCAAAAAAGAAUGGAAAAAAAACGUAGAAAAAAAAGAAACAAAAAAAAGAGAUCAGCCAAUGUAAAGUCCUUUUUUUAAAUUGCGUGUAAUGUUAACUGACGUACUGCUCAAGUCUUAGCUGUUCCUAUGUAGUGCAUGACGACAGGAUUUGGAAAAACUGAAAAAAAACGAAGAUCUUAACGCUGCUCUCUCUCUCUCUCUCUUUCUCUUUCUUUCUCUCUCUCUUUCUCUCGCUCUCGAGAUCCUUUUCUCACAUAUAGAUUGUCAUUCUAGCAAGAUUGUACAUUUAGUAUCUUCUCGUGACCACGUGACUUCAAAACAAUGAUGAAGAAUAUAUAUAAAUCUAGAUGAACAGGCUCUGCUUUGAUAUCAUGUAAAAUACACAUUUAAAAGAGAUCUGUGAUUUUGGAAUUUAAGUGUGUUUUGUCAUUUCUUUUUAAUUAUUAUUAUUAUUUUUCGAUCAUAUCAUGCUACGUUCCUGAAGCUGCAGGAGAGGUGGCGGGGGGGUUGGGGUGCUGGCUUCAUCUGUUUGUAUAUUAUUCUUUUCACUGAAAUAUAAUGUGUUGAAAAUCCUCACGCAUAGGGAGCGUUCACCCUAUUUAAUUUUUUCAUGUUGGCGUGAUUUUUUAUUUUAAAGGUGGUGUUACGGGGGUGAAGGUUGUAAGGAGUGGGGGGGGGAAUGGAUAAAUGAGAGAAGGCAGGAUGGGGGAUGGGUAAGAGUUAUCUCUGCGUGUGCGUGUGUUGUCAUUUUCCGUCUAGUGUUUCAUCCAGUUGCAAGCCGACGUCGUUCCUUUUUCAUUUUUGGGGUUUUGUAAUCGUUUCGCUUUCCGCUGAUAAAACAGGUGAAGAGCCGAGAGGAGGAGGAGGAGGAGGAGGAGGAAGGAAGAGGAGGAGGAAGGAGGGCGAGGUAGAGAGGAAAUGACUUGCAGUUCCGGAUGGAUAGCCAGCCAGGCAGGCAGUCUGUGUAUAUAUAUAAUGGAUUUUCACUUCCCCCAGCACCUCCCUUCGCCUUCCUCUUCCCUUCAGGCACGCUGCUCACCUCUCGCCAUCAACGCACAUGCCACAGCACUGAAGUUUCUAGCUAAUGGCCGUCGAGAGAGCUGAGAGCGAGUCAGGGGGUUAAAACCAGGGAUCAGAUGUUGGUCUGAGGUAAAUUCACGCUUGUAAGCAUUAACUCCCCCCCCUUCGUUCAUCUCCAUGCACUCAGCUCCUGCCACAGAGUCAACACCAUCUCAGCAUCACAGGAAGUAGUGCAGCGUGACCUCUCACUCUGUUUAUGCAUCUAAUGGCGAGUAAGAGCUGCGAGGAAGUGGCGUGAACGUGCAUGUGGAGGCUGCAGUGAGGUGGUGGUCUUUUCAGAGGGUGCUCGAUAGAAGCCCAGCAGGGGGCAGUAGAGUAGAGGAGGAAGCAGGAUUUUUCUUUCCAUCUCUUUAUUUUUUUUUCACGUGGGUAAUAUAUUGGUUUUGUUUUCCACUGUGUAAUUUUGUGCAGGCCAUUUGCAUUGACUGGGAAAAACGCUUUCUACACUGUAUUCCAUAAUAAAGUUUUGAAUGUACAUACA